CGCGUCAUGUUGUUCAGCCCAAAGGUUCCUUUUAGUAGGUCAGAUGGUUCCCGGAACAAUGCUGAAACCAAACUCGUAUUUCUGAUGAGCUGUUUUAAUCAUAACAUUUUUAAAUUACUUCAUUUUUUGGACUGUCGAAGCACAUCCAUAGUUUGUAGUAUGGAGACCGGUGUUUUGCCAUGAAACUCCGCGCGCAGUAUGACAGAGCAGCAUAUAUCGAAUCCAGAAGAACGCAUAAACCGAGGGAUUCACCUGACCCGAUGCAGCCCGAAUCGAGCCCACACAACGGGCACGGGCUGUCAUUAACCCUGCAGCCGGAGCUGCUCGCCCGAAUGCCGGGUGCUGGAACUUCCGGCGGACCGGAAACCGCCGAGAACGUCAGAGUUCCAGUCGCCAGCUCGACGAGCGGACGAGGCGCGACAUCGCGGAGGCCGAGAGCACCCAGCCACAGCCAUAGUCAUUCUCACGGGCACACACACACGCACGAACAUGAUCACGAGUCCGAAAGCGGAGAAUCGGACAUGGAGUCUGGAGAAUCCAGUAGCUCAGUAUCGGAACUGCGUUACCUUUUGCGGUGGGUCAAGAAGAGUCUUCCCUUCAUAGUCAUCCUGGGUGCGAAACUGAUCCUUCAACACGCCCUGGGUCUGGCUGUUGCCGUUGGCCUGUUUACUACUUUUAUGUAUGUCAACAAAGGCAUUCAAACCCAGGUCUUUCUCCAUGAGCGAAGGACGAAGCGGCAGUGUCUCUGGCUCUUGUUGUUCCUCAUAACCUCCAGUCUUCUACUGUUCUUCACUUUUUACGCUCAGUCACUUUACCGCUGCCUCAUCUUCGCCAACCCAACAAUAGAUUUCCAAAACUUCUGGGAGGUAUUGUGGUGCGUCGGUGUGACUAACUUUACUGUGAAGUUUGCCUUCAUGGGGCUCAAGUGUUUUAUUCUUUUGGUCCCCGCUCCCCUCAUGGCGUAUCGGCGAAGGGGUCAGUGGUAUAUGUUUCUGGAGGAGGUCAGUCAGGUUUAUCAGGCCAUUGCUCCUGUGCCGCUCUGGUUCCGCUAUUUGGUCAGCUAUGACGAGAUGGAAAACUCAGUGGGUUUGACUCUGGGAAUCCUGCUGGCCUUGCUCUACCUCAUAAUGAAGCUUUUAGGAUUGUACGGACAGUGGGGAUCGUUGCACAAAACACUACAGGCUUUUUUCAGUUAUGAGGUAAAUGGAGCCCCUGCCACUUCAACUCAAUGCAUGGAGGCUGGCGACAUUUGUCCAAUCUGUCAAGCUGACUUUAAACAGCCUCGGGUUCUCUUGUGUCAGCAUAUCUUCUGUGAGGAAUGCAUCUCUCAUUGGUUCAACCAGGAGAAAACCUGCCCGCUCUGUCGCACGGUUAUCACAGACAAGGUGCAUAAGUGGAAAGAUGGCGCGACAUCGUCUUAUUUACAGAUUUACUGACCACGCUGCUGACCUACGAAAUGACAACAAAGGGUGAAUCCGAAUGAUAUGGGGGUGGUUCAAUUCAACGUCUCUAGUUUAUGAGACUACUGUGUUGACUGCAGCACUUGGUAAAGGGUAGUAGUUGUGGGGUUAAUUAUUUGUAUCUCCAAGGGAUAUUUAUAUGCAUUAAUCUUGUCAGAAAGACAAGCGUAUUCACCAGCUCUUUGUAUUAUUAUUAUUUUUUUUUUUGCAUGUGGAAUUUCCUCAUUUUUAGUUGUUAUAUGUAAUAUAUACAAAAUGGCGUUUCAAGCCAUUUCUGGUUUUACAAGAUUUCGUCUUUUUGGGCACAAGCAGAAAGACUUUUUUCUAAUAUGGGAGAAAUAGAUAUUGUAUUUACGAAAAAUCAAAAAGUUUUUGCUCCUUAAAUGUAUUUUUGAAUAUAUUUGUUUUUCAUAAAUACUGGGUCUUUUCUCUUUUAUAUGAGAGAUCUUUUUUCUCACAUAGUGUUAUUUUUAUCUCUGUCUACAUUGAAGGAGUCUGGAAAAUGUUGAUGGCAUUUAUAAACUAUUUAUCUCAUUUGAAGUGUUCUGAUUUGUUCAUUUAUAAUCUGUACUGGGUGUAAACAUGUUUAACAUUUCAGGAUAUUAUUUCUACUAAUGAUUUGUUAGAGGAUUUAACAUUCAAAUGUAGAAAUAGAAUUUAGUACCAAUGCAUCAACAAAACAUUACUGUACAUGCUAAAAGCAUAAUUCAAUCUAUGCAGAUUCAUGGUAUUUUUCUAUUUAUGUUACAUUUACAUAUUUGUAAUAAACCAAAGAGUUUGAAAAUAUUGAUACGGUAUGUACAGUACAAUAUAUUUUUAUUGCACAUCAAUUUCAUAUCAAGCAAGAGGACAGGCCAAAUAAAUAGUUCUUGUUAAAACUGUUCAAAAA